AUGGCGCAUUCAUGCGUUUCCUCUUCUCUUAGAUGUCAUUCUUCCUCCCUUUCUCUCUCCACGCCAAGCCCUAGCUCCUCCGUUUCGUCCUCCUGCAAAAACCUCGCUCUGCCCUUCCAACCCAUUUGCGCUAGGAAAUUGAGAAAAUCGAAUCCCCAGGAAUCUUCAGUGAAGGCAGUCUAUUCUCCGGAGUUCUAUGCAUCGGAUUAUAGCUCACGCCAAGGAAUUUGGUCAAUUAGGGAUGAUUUACAAGUUCCUUCAUCGCCGUACGUCCCAGCAUAUGCGCAAGGGGGGCAAGGACCACCUCCGAUGGUUCAGGAACGGUUCAUGAGUGUUAUUAGCCAGCUUUUUCAGCAUAGAAUAAUACGAUGUGGCGGAGCAGUAGAUGACGACAUGGCCAACAUUAUUGUAGCUCAGUUACUCUAUCUUGAUGCUGUUAAUCCUACCAAGGAUAUAGUCAUGUAUGUGAACUCUCCAGGAGGAUCGGUCACUGCUGGUAUGGCCAUAUUUGAUACAAUGAGGCAUAUUCGACCUGAUGUUUCAACUGUAUGUGUUGGACUUGCGGCUAGCAUGGGGGCUUUUCUAUUGAGUGGCGGUACUAAAGGAAAGCGGUAUAGCCUUCCCAACUCAAGGAUAAUGAUCCAUCAGCCUCUUGGUGGAGCUCAAGGUGGACAGACUGACAUAGACAUUCAGGCAAAUGAAAUGUUGCAUCACAAAGCAAACUUAAAUGGUUACCUGGCGUACCACACUGGUCAAAGCUUGGAGAAGAUAAACCAAGACACUGAUCGUGACUUUUUCAUGAGUGCUAAAGAAGCGAAAGAAUAUGGGCUUAUAGACGGUGUCAUCUUGAAUCCACUCAAAGCUCUCCAGCCACUUACAGAUCAUCAACUGUAA